CCAGACAUCCACAUCAACUGCACUUCCAACAUGGCGCGCAAAGGCAGUGCUCCGGCGAGCGAGCCUGUCGCUGUGGAGAUGGGCAAUCUGCCUCCGCCGACCUUCGAUCUCGAGAACUGGGCCAACAACUACGAAGGCACGCUGCUCGCCUUCCGCCUCGCACAUAUCGCAAUUCGAUGUCCCUCGCUCUCGCACCAAGCCCUCACCAUGGCCCUCGCCAAAGCUAAAGCCGGCCGAGACGUCCAACUCUACAAUCGCCUGACCGAGCUCGCUGGUAACCUUGGCCUGUCAGAUCUGGCUGGCGUGGAUGUGGAUUGGGCAUCGCAAAAGGACGAGGAGAAUCGACGGGAGCAGAGUCGUUUGGAGAGUGAGCUGAGGGGGUAUAAGAAUAACCUGAUCCGCGAAAGCAUUCGCAUGGGUCAAGAAGAUCUGGCCACACACCUGCUUGAGACCGGAGGGCCGAUCCCAGAUCCCUCAAAUCCGCAGUCAGUGAGCACUUCCGGUUACAAUGCGGCGUUUCAGGCAUUUGGAAAGAUGCGCGACUACUGCACCAUGCCCACGCACAUGAACAGCAUGUACCUGCGAUUGAUCUACACAUCGGUGCUGCAAGCAGUGCAGGCGCAGCUGAACGGCGGCUUGGCCAAUACACAAUUUGGAGGGCUUCUCGCCAACGCAACGCGGCUAAGGAAUAGCGGGAGCAAGGAAGAAGAGAUGAAGCAGGUAAUACCGAUCUACCACGUUGGCACGGGCAUCGCACACUUAGGGCACAGUGAGUACUAUCAGGCUGCAGCGGCGUUUCUGCAGACGCCCUUCGACUUCCACAACUCAGGAGUGGUACUGGGCCAGAACUUCGAGCGCACCGUGGCCAAUGCCAAUGAUGUUGCGAUUUACGGUGGGCUGUGCGCCCUGGCGACCAUGACCCGCGAUGAGCUUAUGGAGCGCGUGCUGGGAGGGCCGUUUCGAGCUUUCCUCGAACUGGAGCCGCACAUGCGCAAGGCCAUCACACUGUACACGACAGCCAAGUACCAAGCGUGCAUCGAGACACUGCGACGAUACUACAGUGAUUGGAGUAUGGACAUCUUCCUCGGCGCGAAAGCGAGCAACUACCCUGGCUCGCACGUCGACCAGCUGUUCGCCCACAUCCGCGAGUGCAGCAUCACUGCAUACUUUUCGCCCUUCUCCGAGGUCAGCCUCGCCGCGCUGGCCAACACCUUUCCCCCCAUUUCCAAUGCACCGAACGCUAUGGAGCUCGAAAUCCUGGGCAUGAUCCAGAGCGGAAGGCUCGAUGCAAGGCUGGAUGUCGUCAACGGUAUCCUGAUCGCUCCUCGAACGGAGAUCCGUGCCGCUACGCACCAUGAAGCGAAGAAGACCGCGGAAGAGGUGGAGCGAACACUGCUGUUGCGGCUGCACAAGGUCAACAUGGCUCUGGCGGGCUUGGAAAUACCAAAGGCUAAGGGUGGAUGGUCAGAGUAUCGAGGAGGUGGCUUCUAGCCAGCCACAUGCUCUGGGCAUGGAUAUGGGUUGUUUGAGUGUGCUUUUGCUUCCAUAAGACAUAGCGAGGCGUUCGGAGGGUGGGCAAUACCGGCAGUGGAGCAGAUGAGCUAGACGCUGCGGACCUCUAGAUGAUAUGCGAUUACGCGCUCAACGUAUGAAUAAUGAGUGAACGAAGGUCAAACGAGCAUCGUCUCUUGGGAGCGC